ACGUCAGAGAUUUAUGUUUAGUUUGUGAAAGAUGGCUGCGCCCAGCGACUUCGAUUUUUAUGAGGGUAGAGAAAUAUUCAAGGCAGCCAUUCAGAAGAGUAUUGCAGAUGACACAACUCAGAAUUGCUUGGCCUUCAUUGCCAAAUAUCCAGGAAGUGAUCCAGAAAAGAAAUCGGCCAUGGACCAAGCACUAAGAGAUCUUCUGAAAUGGGCCAUAGUUUCUGAUCAAGGAAUUGAGGGAUUCAAAGUGUUAAUAAACUUUGCUAUUGAAGCUGGUUUAAAGGAUGCUGUUUCGCCAUCCACACCAUUUGUGAUGAUGUCGGACAUCUUUGACAUGCUGACACUCAAGGCCUGUGAAGAUAUUUUCAGUCUGGUUGAAGAUCGUGUCACAACGUGGAAAAGUCCUACAUUUUACGAUGCUGGAAAGAACUACCUGCUUCGAAUGUGCAAUGAUCUGAUUCGGAGACUUUCCAAAUCCCAAAACACAGUAUUCUGUGGAAGAAUCCAGUUGUUUCUAUCCCGACUAUUUCCACUGUCCGAAAAAUCAGCUUUGAAUUUGAUGAGCCAGUUUAACCUUGAGAAUGUGACAGUUUUCGAUACGAAAUUAGAGGAUACCAGACAUGUUAAAAUUGAAGACAAAACUAUCAAAGAGGAAAACAUGGAAGUUGAAGAAGGAGAAAUGGAUGAAUCUUCAAGCACUGCUCCAAUUGACUAUGCCCUCUACAGAAGAUUUUGGUCAUUACAAGACUACUUUAGACGACCAACACAGUGCUACGAAAAAGUUCCUUGGAAACAUUUUGUUUUGAAUGCAGAUGAAGUGUUGACAGCAUUUGACAGUUUAAAACUGGAUGAUCUCAAGUCACAGAGGAAGAAACUUGACAAACCCAGACAGACAGACACACAGACAUUCUUUGCAAAGUAUCUCACCAGUAAGAAGUUGCUAGACCUCCAGUUAAGUGACAGUAACUUCAGGAGAUAUGUGCUUGUCCAGUUCCUUAUCCUGUUCCAGUAUUUAAAUUCUCAAGUCAAAUUCAAGACUGCCAGUAUGGUUCUAACAGAUGAACAAAGUGCGUGGCUGAAGAACGUGGAAGAAAAGGUUUACCAGUUGAUAAGAGAAACACCACCUGAUGGUACUCAGUUUGCUAAGACCAUUGAGCACAUUCUUCAAAGAGAAGAGAACUGGAACAGUUGGAAGAAUGAUAGCUGUCAGAGUUACGAGAGACAAACCCAGAAGGACGCUGUAAAGCCAAAAGCCAAAGCCCGGCGCCGGCGCAUUGGUGAUGAUCUACAGGCGAGUGGCGGGAAGAUCAUUAAAAUGGGAAGUAACGAGCUCACUCGACUCUGGAAUCUCAACCCAAAUAACACUGACGCCUGCAGGUCAGACAAGAGAAUAUUUCUGCCUGGUAUAGAAGAAUAUUUUGGAGAAGCUAUUGAACAGAUUGACCCUGAAGCACAGGUUGAAGAUGAGUACAAACUAAUUAAUCAACGAGCAUUUCAGUGGAAAUCUUUACGACUGUUGGCACGAAAGAGUCCUCAUUUUUUCACUCACAGUACUUCACCUAGCCUGCCACUGCCAAAGUAUCUUGAAAACAUCCUGUCCAAAUUGGCCAAAGAAUUACCGAAUCAGAAUUCCUCUGAUGACAUGAAGACAGAAAUGGAGGAAGAGGAUUCAAUCAAAGAAGCACAGGAAGAAGAAGACCUAAAGAAUAACGAAGAACAGAAUAACAAAGAUGAAUCGCCGGAGGAAGUCUUGACAGACGACCAGAAGUUGGCGGUCGCAGAAAAACUCGGUGAUGACUGGAAGAAACUGGCGACUGAACUAAACUUCCCGGAGGACGAGAUUUCCUAUCUAGAGAGCUCUGAGGACCAGCCCACCAUUCCGGGUGUUAGAAUGCUCUCUUUAUGGCAGGAGAAUGACACAGAACAUGCUACCAUUGGUGCGCUGAUUGUUGCCUUAAAGGAGAUUGGACAUGAAGAUGUUGUUAUAGAUAUAUUUGAAGACAAAAGUUAGCCCUCCAUAUGUUCUGCGUGAUCCUGGAGGCAUUGAUCACAAAGAAAAAUGAUUUUAUGUGAAAAAAUAGUUUGCACUACAUAAGACAAAAAAGCAUGUAUAUUUUGUACAUGUGUUGUAAAAUGUUAUUUUUUUAAUGUGUUGUCAUUGAAGUAAAUAAAUCUUAAACUGUC